CACAGCGUGAGGAGCAGCGGCGGCCGCAGCGGCGGCGAGGGAAGCGCCAUGGGGAUAUUCUACCCGUGAGGACGCUGCUGUUGUGUGUGUGUGUGGAUGCACACAAGCGGGAGUCCCCGCUGGCGUCGUCGUGCAGACAGGGGAAAAAAGGGGGAGUUAGAGGACGGUGUAUCACAGGACACAGAUGUGCAGCGACGACUCCCGACCCUGUCGUACACCCGCCCGACCGCCCCGACAACUUCAGUCAUGGCGUAGUUUUUCUCCUGCCCAUCGUCGGGCAUGUACGGGUCACAAGAGGGAAAUCAGCUUUUUUUCCUCAGCGCUGCAUGACUGACUGAGGAAUCAUGGUGAGCAAGGAGGGCGGCACAUGCAUGCUCACCAACUCCGAGUCUGACUCGGAGGCGGCGGUGGCACCCUUGCCCUCUGCCACGCUAGCUCUGCAAGUCAAGUAUUCACUGGACGCCAGUCGACAGGUGAGGAAGCGGAACAAGGCCCUCCAAGUGCGUUUCAAGGAUAUCUGCGAGGCACAAAAUGAGCAGAGGGAAGCCGACUUGGGGAAGGAGGGCAAUCCUCUGUCUUACAAAGCAGCGUACCGCAAGUACAUGACCGUACCCGCCCGCCGAUCAAUCCCCAAUGUCACGCGCAGCACCGGGGUGCAGACGUCUCCUGACCUGAAGAAGCGCUACCAGACGUUCCCGUUCGAGCGCAAGAAAGGCCACACGUUUAAGCACGUGGCGGCUGUGGAAACAUACACAGGUCAGAAUAACGGCUUUGUUGUGGAAGUCAAACCGGCUGCGCAGCGAUGUUUCGAUGAGGACGCAGAAGAAGAGGGAGCCUGCGGGGGGAGCAGAGUUUGGCGGACCAAAGCACUGCUCCAUACUAACGAACGAAUAGCCACUGUGGAGCAGCAGACCAAACCUGAAGGCUUGUGUGAGGACGCGCUAAUGCCAAGUUGCGCCACCAACUCGGACUACCAGCUCUGUGGCGUAACAUCCAAAGCCGGCGGGGAAUUACAACAAAGAGAAAGACCGCCGCUCGAGCUGGAGGUGGGCUCGUCUCGAUCGAGAACCCUGCCGGACAGGGCCUCCAAAGUGACGGGGCCCAUCGCAUGGAACUCCCUCACGCAAGUGGAGUGCCUGGACAGUCUGUCGGCAAGGCACAAGCGCAAGAAAAGUCUGCAGUUCAAUGGGCUGCAGAGCGAGACAUUGCCGCGCACCGGCCGAGGCUGCGCAGCGCGGGCGCCGUGUCAUGCCGCGGACAAGCCUCAAGAGGCAGCGGUGUCAGACCAGGAGGCCUGUAAGCAAAUAGUGCCUAUGAAUCAGGACGGUGACGUUAAAGCACAGCUUCAAGCCAUGGAGAAUCUUAUCAGCUCCAGCCAGGAAACCAUUAAGGUGCUGUUGGGGGUCAUCCAGGAACUGGAAAAGGGGGAGGCCCACAGAGAAGGGCUUUCCUAUCGCACCGGACAGGACACGGCCAACUGCGACACAUGCCGGAACAGCGCAUGCAUUAUUUACAGUGUGGAGCUGGACUUCAAGCAACAGGAAGACAAACUUCAGCCCCUCAUGAAACGGCUGUGCCCAUCGGACGACACGCACUUCCCCGCCCUGCCGUACCCCCACGAGGCCUUCACAUCCACGCCCAAGCGCAAGUCCAAAGCCGAGUCCAAGAAGCACGCUCGCUGGAGACUAUGGUUCAUGUGAAACUGAAACGUCACGCUUUCCUAAUUUCCAUCUGGAGUUAUUUUGGAAGCAAUUUUCCUCAAAGUGGGUGUGAAAAUGUGAUUAGCUACCAUCUUGGGAGAUUUCUGACACUGAAACGACGUGGACUUGCCUCUCGCCAUACAGCAAAGCACAACGAACACAGUCCAGGAUCCACUUUUUCUGGAGUACCGGGACUAUUUUCACAUUUCACUUUAUUUCUUCAUACCAUCUAAAAGAAGCCUACGAAUAAUUUGACCCAAAAUGUCACCAUGAAUUCUCGACAGACUUUGGAGACGAUGUGUACAUAAAAAAUAUUGUUAAAUGACACUUAUUUUCUUAAUGGCUUUUUUGGACAUCAGAGGACAUUUUUAUCUAAAGCUGUAGAAAAAAGGACUUUAAAGUUUUAGCGGAAUAUAUUUAUGAAAUAUUGGAUAUAAGUUCAGAUUUAUUGCAAGAAGCCACUGUCAUCUUUUAGAGGUGAGUGGAAGCUCACUUUUUUUUUGUUCCCGCCCUGAGAAUAAUAAAUACUGUUGAAGGGUAACAGCAAAUAUAUGUGAUUGUAUCAGUAACCGAGCCAGAAGUGAAUGUACAGUGUAGCCUCGCAUUUUUGCAGGAUUUUAGCUUUUUAAACAGAAACAAAAGAAUUUUGAAAUGCCUAAUUCAUGUGUUUUUGUUCCUUUCUUGUUUUUAAGAAAUACGAGGGGUGUAACGCUAUUUGCAAUUACUAUAAAUACGUUUACAUAUAAUAAAAAUAGGGCUCAUUUUAUCUUACAAAAAGGCAUAGCUAAAAUGUAACAAACAAAAAUACAUUCAUAUAAUUAUAGCAUCACUCACAAAGCCAAAAAAAAGGAAGUGGUUCUAGUCUCAUCUGUAGAUAGCACUAAGAGAGACUCCCGUAUUUAUAUGUACCUUCUAAAGAAGUGCAAUUGAUUUACUAUGUGCAAUACUGUGUAUUUUUUACCCUUUUUCAACAAAAACCAAACAUAUAAAUACAUGAACAAUUUAAUAUGCAACUGAAGAAUAAAAUCAGACACUUAACAAAAUUUUGUACUAUUUUUCCAAACAGUUCAUUCACUUUUUCACAUUCACCCAGAUUUUUUUUUUUUUCAUUUGCCUUUUUUUCUAACCGAUGCUAGCAAUGCUAGCUAGAUUUGCAAUUUGGCUUGUUGUAGCUUUAUUAGGAGUGUGAAAAUAUAUAAAUUUGGAUAUACAGUGCCCUCCAUAAUUAUUGGCAACCCUG